UAUGGACAUACUGCCGCUGAACUUUCGAGUGUUGUGGUUCUGCGGCGCGUGGAGUGAGCGAAAAGAGAGCAAUCCUUUCGUUCGUUUUUUGAAUUUUUGCUACAGAUACGCUAUAGUGAUUUUAAUAUACGAGUUUACGAUAUCGGAAGUGAUCGAACUUGUGAGGACACGCGACCACAUUGAGGAUAUAACAGAGGGUCUCUUCCUAACACUAACUUAUGUAGCCUUGUGUUUUAAAUACGGAAACUUCUUAGUGCGACGAGGCGAAGUGUCGACGCUGUUGAAUUGUUUCCGGGGUGAGACGUGCCAACCAAAAAAUUUCGAGGAACAGAUGAUCCUAAUUAAAUACGACCGUAAAGCCAAGUGGUGCGUCAGGACUUUCAUGAGCAUAUCUCAAGCUACUUGCUGGGCUCUCGUGUUCGCUCCUAUUGUGGGGCCGCAGGACACCGACAGACCGUUGCCCUUCAAGACGUAUAUGCCAUACUCCAUAUCCGGCUGGUACCUAUAUGUGGCGACGUACUUGCAGCACGUGGCUGCUAUAUUUUACGGGGUCCUGCUCAACGUCUCCUUCGACUCCCUCGUUUAUGGCUUCAUUCUUCACGCCUGCGGGCAAAUCGACCUGCUGCGCCACCGGCUGUACGCGGUUCUCCUGUUGAUAUAUCAGUUGACGAUAUCCGAGGUGAUCGAGUUGAUUCGCAUGCGCAAUCACAUCGACGACGUGACGGAAGUACUUUUCCUGACGUCAACUUUUGUAACUUUGUGUCUGAAAUACGCAAACUUCUUAUUACGAAGGGACCAACUGUCGACGUUGUUGGAAUGUCUGCGCGUUAAAAUGUGUCAGCCGAGGAACUUUAAGGAGAGACUGAUCAUAGAAGCGCAUAGUCGGAAAGCUAAGUGGAGCACUCUCUCCUUCCUGAUAAUAUCGCAUGCUACUGGUCUGGGUUUAAUAAUCACGCCGGCUCUAGAAGCAGUUACGGGAGAACGAGUUCUGCCAUUGAAAUCGUAUAUCCCUUAUUCCAUUACGAGAUUACUUCCAUACGCGGCGACGUAUCUGCAGCAAGCUGCGGCGAUUUUUUACGCAAUAAUGCUCAACGUUUCCUUCGAUUCCCUUGUUUAUGGCUUGACUAUACACGCGUGCGGACAAAUCGAGUUGAUCUGUCGUCGACUAACGGACGAUCUUGUAACUUCGGAGAAGAGAUCGAAUACGUCGAUUGAAGAGUGCGUCAAGCAUCAUGUACUCGUGUAUGCUUUUGUGAAAGGAGUAGAGACAUUGUUCAUUUGGACGGUGACGAUCCUCUUCUUCUUCAGUCUGAUCAUUUUCUGCACCAGCAUUUUCCUCAUAACGAAGACAAAACUCUUUAGCGCCGAGUUUUUUUCUCUGCUAUUAUACUUUAGCGGCAUAAUGUUACAAAUAUUUUUUUACUGUUGGUAUGGGAAUGAGCUUGAAUUAAAGAGCAGAAGAAUCGCGAACGCUAUUUAUUUUAGCGAUUGGACAAUGGCGACGCCACGAGAACGCAGAUCUUUGGUACUUAUUAUGAUAAACAGCCAGAAAGGAUUCGUAUUUUCUUAUCACGGACUAUUCACACUGUGUUUGGACACUUUUACUUGGAUCUUUAAGACGUCUUACUCGGCUUUUAACCUCCUGCAACAUGCGUCGAAUUAAUUAUUUGCGUCGUAUAACAAAAAGAAAACAUGAUAUUGAUUUUGUACGUAGUUAUAUAUGCAUAUAUGUAUUGAUGUAUUAUUUUGCAGAUGUGUUAAGUACCGAUAAUAAGGCUUUUUAAAGAGAAGCACUUGAAUGUUCACGUCUGUAAACUAAUGUAUCGAUAUUUUAUAUACACAGCACUCUUGUACAUAAGCCUGUGUAUAGUUAUAUUGGGAUCAUUACAAAAAUACAACAGUUGAAUAACAAUCGACACGAAUGUAAUUAAAUGUCAUCCGUUAUGCGUUGUAGCGAUGCUGAAUUCAGUUUUAUUUCAACAGAUCUGUAAGGCCUUUCACUCAACUUCCCGCGGCAGAUCGCAAAUUAAUCAGCCGUAUAUUAUGUAACGCAGUAUCCUCGCGAAUAAUCUACAUUUACAAUAACAGGUUUUCCCGUCGAGCAUAAUCUACUGGCCAUGUGCGAAAAAAAACUUCGCAGUAACGCUUCGUUAAUGAUAAAGUAGUCGAGAUUUAUAUUUCAACGGUUCUAAUAGUUCUAUGGAUGUAAUACUCACUGUCUACGUUCGCACAUACUCGUGACGUAAACGCAAACAUGAACUUGUAAGAAUGAAAAAGAUGUAAUGCGUUAACAGUUUUAUUUGAUAACAAUAUUUUUUCUAAAUUCGUCACAAAGAGGCAACAAUGCGAUACGAUUAAAUAUUCCUGAACGACCGUAUCUGGCGCAACUAGAAAUAUAUUAUGAAACUUUUGGUCAAUUAUAUAUAUCAGGUAUAAUUAUUAGAUCAUGUAUAUGGCACGGUGAUCGGAAUAUUUUUAUAUUAUCUAAUAAACACCAACUAUUCAUAA